AUGAUAAAAACUCCUUCUGAUAUUGUUGACACUGACCCAAAACAACCAAUACCCAAGUGUACUGAUCUACUACCAGCUGAUACUUAUCCAAUGCCAAGAUGUGUCUCUAAUAUUAUAACUAAUUAUCGUUUAGAUCAGUUUGAUAUUCAAAAGGCAAUGGGUUAUCGAUCUAAAAGGCAAACCAGUCAUUUGACUACUUUUUUUGCUCAAUUUGUUAGUUUUGAUAUUAUUGGUUCAAAAAGUCAAACUCAACCAAGUCUUAAAUUAUAUAUACCAUCUGAUGACGAAACAUAUAAUACGUAUAAUUCUGUAACAGCAUUACCAGUUCAAUUAAGUAAUUCAAAGGCUCUUCCUUUUAAUCGUUCAGAUUUUCUUCCUACUUCUACACAAAAACCCAAACGUACUGGUUAUAAUGAUGUAACUCCUUUUCUGGACUUGAGUGCUAUUUAUGGUAUCACUGCUGAAGAUGAAAAAAAUCUUCGCGAGGGCAAUAGAGGAAAAUUAAAAAUCAGUGGAAAUGCAUAUGACCCUUACCCAUUUAAGGAUCAAACAACAGGAAAUUAUGUUACUGGACCUGUUGGAAAGCGAGCAAUUAAUAUUUUUACAAUGGCAAUUCAGACUAUUUGGUUACGUGAACAUAAUAGAUUAUGUGAUUAUUUUCAUGAAAAAAAUGGUGAUACAUGGAAUGACACUCAAUAUUAUGAAGAGGCUAUGAAAUGGAAUAUUGCAUUUUAUCAAAAAGUUGUUAUUGAAGAAUACCUUGGUGUUGUAACGGGUAAACCACUGCCACCAUAUCAAAAAUACAAUCCACAUCUAACUCCAGGAAUUGAUGUAUUUUUUUCAACAAUAACUUUCAGAUAUGGUCAUAGUGAGCUGAGUGAUUUUUAUCAAAUUCAUGAUGAUUAUGAUGGUACAAUUGUGGAAUUAUCAUUGCAAAAUACUAUGAAGAUGGGUUUGCUAGAAAAAUUUGGUGCAGCAAGAUUGUUAAGAUCAAUGUCUAUGCAACGUCAAGAAGAUGUUGAUAUAUAUUAUUCUGAUGCAUCAAGAAAUGUUAAAUCACCUGAUCCAAACACUUAUGAUCUCCCAGCAUUUGAUGUUUUAAGAGCUAGAGACAGAGGAAUUUCAUUAUAUAAUAAUGUUCGUCAGGCAUAUGGUUUAAAAAAAAAAGAUUCAUGGGCAGAUAUAACUUCAGUUAAAGAAAUACAAGAUAAUCUACAACAAUUGUACCCUAAUGGAGUUGAUCAACUGGAAGCUUUGGUUGGAGCAAUGGCUGAAGAUCAUUUGAAUGGAUCAAAUUUUGGUGAAUUAAUGAACAUUAGUAUGAUCACUCAGUUUAUGAAUAUUAGAGAUUCAGAUAGAUUUUGGUGGGAGAAUAAAGAUAAUGGCUUGUUUACUGAUGAAGACAGAGCCAUAAUUAGAAAUACAACAUUUAGAGAUAUUAUUAUGCGUAAUUUAGCAGCUAUUUUUCAACCAGCAAUCCCACAAAGUAUUUGGUCAGUCCAGCCACCACAGAAAUUGGCUGACACACAAUUAAAAUACCUUAAUCGUAUUGCUUUAUGGCCAACAGCAUAUAUUGUUGGUUAUGAAAUUGUUGGAAAUGAUAUUAACUUCCAAGUUCAAAUACUUACUACAGGUGGUAAUGCAUGGUUUGGAAUGGGAUUUGAUCCUGAUGAUGAUGGUAUGAGUAAUGCAGAAUUUAUAGUUGGAAUUAUUUCUAAUGGAAAUAUAUCAUCUUUAUCAAAUUAUGAUUCAACUGGUUACAACCCUCCUAUGUAUGUUGGUGAUGAUUCAGAUUUACAAAUUAUUAAAUUCACUCCCCCUGCCAAUGACAAUUUUGCAAUUAUUGAAUUCUCAAGACCUUUAGAACCUAGUGGAAGAAAACCAAUUAGAAAUGGACUUAUGAAAUAUGUUUUGGCUUAUAACCCUACAAGCUCUGUAUUUUCAUAUCAUCAAAAUAAUCGUCAAAUUAUGCAGAUUAAUUUUUACAAUUAUAUAUUAUUAUCACCAUCUAAUGGUCUAAGAUAUGUGAAAUUAGCUCAUGGACUUGGAAUGUUCUUAAGUUGGUGUGUUCUAUUCCCUGCUUCUAUUUACAUUGUAAGAUAUUACAAACACACCAAUAAUUACAUCAAGAUACAUCGAUUUGUACAAUUGCUUGGUAGUAUUUGUAUUGUUGGUUUUGGUGCAGCAGCUAUGGCAACAUUGAGUAUAAAAACAAAUCAUUCAUUGUUGGGACUGUCAAUAUAUAUUUUGUUGUUUAUUGAACUUGGAUUAGGUCUAAUAUCAAUUUGGGGUCAAGAGGCAAUAGUGUCAGUUAAUCAGGGGUAUCCUAGAUUUGUUAAAAGAAUUCACAGAUUUUUUGGAAUUUCUUUAAUAUUAUCUGCAUGGGUAAAUGUAUAUUUGGGAAUUGAAACAUAUUCUUUAUCUUAUGGAGUUGAAUCAUUAUAUUAUAGGAUUGCAUAUCUUGCAUGGAUUGGUGUAGUGAUAGUAACAUUUAUGUUUGGUGAAUAUUGGUGGAAUUGGAGAGGAACUUGGAAAUGGAAAUACAUCCAGUUGAAUUUUGAAAAAGAAAAAAAAUCCAUUCUUUCAUUGCAUAUUACCAAAGAUCUUGAUAAAUUACCAGAAUUUACAUGGAGAGAAGUUAAUGAACGUGUUCAACGUGGAGCAUAUUUAGUAGUUUGUGAUGGGUUUAUUGUUAAUAUGAGAAAAUGGAUUAGGGUACAUCCUGGUGGAGCAAAAAUUCUUGAGAGUGUCAUUGGAACAGACAUAACAAAUGAUUUUUUUGGUUAUAAAGGUAAAGAGAUUAUUGAGCAUAUUGAUUUACCAGAAAUAAAAAGCACUGGAAAUUCAACAGCAAAUGAAUCAGUUUUAGGGCAAUAUACAAAUAUUUUACAUGAGAGAACCAAGAAAUACACAACUCAAAAAAAUUCAGUUGCACAAGUUGUUGAUGAUAUGAAUAUUAAAUAUUUUUUAAAGGCACCUUUGGCUAUUCACCCACAUAGUUUAUUUGCAAUCAAAAAAAUAGCAACAAUGGUUGUGGCAAAAUUAAAAAAUAGCUCAGAUGUUGAGUUAUCAUCUGCACCAAUAUUUGAACCAACAGAUGUAGCUGAUGGAGGAUUAAGAUACGAGAUUCAAGUGAGAGGACCAUUUGAUGUUGGAGAUAGAGAAGUUUUGGAAACAUCAUCAAUAUCCCAAGCUGCUGAUAUAACAUCAUUAUAUAGAAAAUCAAGUUUAUAUACAAAAAAAUAUAUACCAUUUAUAUCUUCAUCAACAAAGGAUAUAAUCAAUGGUAUAGAACUAGAAGAGUAUGAAAUGAGUAGUAGGGGUAUGCUAACUAUAACAUAUGCACUAGAUGAACAAAUUCAAGAUUGGAAGGGGGAAAGUGGCGAAAUUGAUCAAGAAAUGAUUUUAGAUUGGUUAAAUUCAAAGGCAAGUAACUUGAUUGUCAAUAAUAACAAUAGCAGCAACGAUUAUGAAAUCAUCAACGACAACAAUAAUAUAACUGUACCAAGUUCUUCUACUAGUCCAAAUUCUUCAACUAAUCCUACUAGUCUACUACCAUAUAAAAAACAUCCAUCAUAUGUUGCUUCAUCCACUGAUAAAAAUAAGAAGCCAAAUUCUGUACAAUUUAUUGAUGAUAACAAUACAACAAAUACAGCAAAUUCACCAAUAGCUAGUAGAAGUCCAUCACGAACUAAUACUCCUUUAUCAUAUGUUGCUUCAUUAACUGACAAAAAUAAGAAGCCAAAUUCUAUACAAUUUAUUGAUGAUAACAAUACAAUGAAUACAACAAAUUCACCAAUAGUUAGUAGAAGUUCAUCACGACUUGAUACUCCUUUGUCAUAUGUUAGCUCAUUAACUAAUAAAAAUAAGAGGCCAAAUAUUAUGCAAUUUAAUGAUAGUAACAAUACAACGAAUACAACAAAUUUACCAACAGUUAGUAAUCCUAACGAUAGCAACACUAAUACAGAUACAGUAUAUUUACCAGUUACCAAUAAUGUUUAUAGAACAUCAAUCAAUCCCGAAAGUGCUUUAAGUCAUAAUUAUAUUGAUUCAAGUCAAAGUCCAUCGCCUGUCGAUAUAAAUGGUGAUUCUGAAAUUGAUAGUCAAUUUAGUGAAACGUAUAGUAGUACUGCCGAUGAUAAUAAAAAACCUAAACUUGAUCCUAACAGUAAAAUAAUUGUUUGUGGACAACCUGGUAUGAUAAAUGUAGUUGAGAAAUCGUUAAAAAAUCUAGGUUUUACUGAGGAUGAUUUUAUAUUGAUAACAUAG